UCCCCCCCGCCCGGGCGGGCUGCGCCGAGCCAUUGAUGACCGUAUUGAAAAGGCGCAGGCGGCAGUUCGGGGCUGUACUCGGGGCCGGCGGCUGCAGCUCGUUGGCACCUUCCCCCUCCCUUAAUUGCUCCUCAGCCAACUCCAUGUGAGCCCGGCCGGGUACAAAUAGCCCCGCGCCGCGUUUCCCCCCACACCGCGCACCUCGCCCACGCCGCACCCCCGUUCAGUUGGGCGGUGGCCAGCCCGCCCCGCACCCUCCCGGGCAGCACCAGGGCACCCAGCCUGGGCACCGUCUCCGCACCUAGCUGCACCCCGGAGCCUUUUGUUUGUUGGUCACCCACAGGCACCAUUUCCAAGCCUAGCCCAGAACCGCAGCUCCCCCGAGAGCCUCCUGCCCCCAAGAGAGCUAAGCCCGGGGGAAGCCCUGCGAUCCCUGGACAAAGAAGCUACAAAGAACCCAGGACCGUCCACUCAGCCCCCUGCACCCCCGCCAUGAGCAACCUCAACAAGGAGAGCGAGCACAGUAACAGCAGCAACAACAUCGAGGAGGAGGUACGGACGCUCUUUGUCAGUGGCCUUCCUGUGGACAUCAAACCCAGAGAGCUCUACCUGCUCUUCCGACCGUUCAAGGGGUAUGAAGGGUCAUUGAUCAAACUAACAUCAAAACAGCCAGUAGGUUUCGUUACCUUCGAUAGCCGAUCUGGUGCUGAAGCAGCAAAGAAUGCCUUAAACGGUAUCCGCUUCGACCCAGAGAACCCCCAGACCUUGCGGUUGGAGUUUGCCAAAGCCAACACCAAGAUGGCAAAAAGCAAGCUGAUGGCCACACCAAACCCCACCAACAUCCACCCUGCCCUGGGUGCACACUUCAUCGCACGGGACCCCUAUGACCUGGCUGGAGCAGCUCUUAUUCCAGCAUCUCCAGAGGCGUGGGCUCCCUACCCACUGUACACCACAGAGCUAACCCCUGCCAUCCCCCAUGCCGCGUUCACAUACCCAGCCGCUGCUGCCGCUGCUGCUGCCCUUCACGCUCAGAUGCGCUGGUAUCCUCCCUCCGAAGCUACCCAGCAAGGAUGGAAGUCUCGUCAGUUUUGUUAGUUCUUCAAGUCUCUUGGCUUGUUCCCUUCUUUGUCUCUCCAUGGAGCGAUGUGCCAGGGAUGAAGCAAUGGAUCCAUCAAAAUCCGUUUGGUUUGUGGACACUCCACAGUAAUGUCACAUUUCUCCUGGUACAGCGUUGUGGGCUUCCCGAUUAGACUGUGCAUCUAUCCAUACCCAGCUCAGUGGACUGCCUGUCCUCCCCUCCCCUCCCCCACCUCCCCUCCUAUCAGAUUCCCAGACUGAGUUUCUCCUUCCUGCGCCACUGAAGCCUAGAUGGAGGAACUCAAUCCUGGUGGUAACAGACGGGUUUGUCCCUACCAAGACACUGGUGCCAAAUGAGGCCUAGCUGUACAGAGCAAUACUCAGGCUGCCUUGCCCUCAACUUUAUGCAGCUCUGCUGAAGGAAAUGAAAGACAAUCAGUUUUGCAUGUUUUCUGGCAUGAAUUUAAAACACUUAACUUGUGUAUGUGUGAGUGUAUAAGUUUGUUCUCGCUUUUGUGUAACUGUAGCAACAGGUCUUGGCCUAACUAUUGAUCCAGCAAGGUUUUUCAUCUUGCUUCUGUGAAGACUUGGCUUUCAAAAAUACUAUCCUUGUCUCACCCCUCCUCGUCCACCUCCCCCGCCCCACGUUCUCCAGUCCGAACAGAAGAUUUUUUGAAAAAUGUUUGUUUAGAGUACAAUGCACUGGGUUUCUUUUCUUGUCCGGUCUCUUCUCUCAUUUUUAAAAAGUCAGGGUUAUCUUUUUUCCUCAGACU